AUGUACCUGAUCACACUGUUUGGAAACCUGCUCAUCAUCCUGGCUGUCAGCUCUCACUCCCACCUCCACACCCCCAUGUACUUCUUCCUCACCAACUUAUCCUUUGUAGACAUCUGCUUCACCUCCACCACAAUCCCGAAGAUGCUUUGGAACAUCCAGAUUCAGAGCAAAGUCAUAAUUUAUGGAGGCUGCAUCACACAGAUGUAUUUUUUCAUACUGUUUACAGGGCUAGACAUCUUUCUCCUGACUGUGAUGGCUUAUGACCGCUUUGUGGCCAUCUGUCACCCGCUGAACUACACAAUCAUCAUGAACCCCUGGCUUUGUGGACUGCUGGUUCUCAUAUCCUGGCUCUCUGUUGUCUCUUUGUUUUAUUGUACAAGCCUAGGAGUUUACCUUAGCUCUGCUGCUACCCAGAGCUCCCACUCAAGUGCAGUAGCCUCAGUGAUGUACACUGUAGUCACACCCAUGCUGAAUCCCUUCAUCUAUAGCCUUAGAAACAAAGACAUAAAGGAGGCUCUGAUAAGAUUCUGUGGGAUGGCGGCUCUAAAACCAUGA